AUGGCCUGUGCUUGGCACGACAGGCCACCGCCAUCUGCAGCUCUGCCUGCGACUGCGGGCGCGACUGCACGGCCGCAGGCUGCAGAACGCAGCAUGCAGGAGACCGGGAAACGAGCUUCAAAAGAAACGUCGGCUGUACGAGAGCUGAACGGCGCUAGCCGUUCGUCGGGACAGCAGCUCGGAAUGCAGACCGGCAAAGUCAGCGAGUGCUUGCUGCUCAUUGCUCCAUUUCACCGCCAUACGAGCAUCCUAUCCUACGUCGGGCUGCGGCCCAGCCAGUUGCUGGCGGGACUGGUCGGCGGCGGCGUUCCUUGCCGCAUCGAGCACAUUGACUGA